AUGACCAACCCUUCUUUUAGAGUCUACUAUGGAGUGUCUGGUGCAGUCCCAUUCAUGUGGGAGUCUCAACCUGGUACCCCUAAACACACAUCUUGUGACACUUCUCUUCCUCCUCUCACACCACCUCCAUCCUACUACUUCAACAACAUUAACACAAACAGUACCAAAAGCUCGAGAUCCGAAUUCUUGAAUGCCUUGUGGCUAAGGAUUAAUAGGAAGAAAGCGCGCGUGACAGUGUCACAUGCAUCACCAUCACUGUCAUCAUCGUCGUCGUGGUCGUCGCGUUCAUCCGCCAUGUCUGUUCCAAUGAGACACUCCAAGGUUCAUGGUCAAAGCCAGCUUUCUGGCGCGAGAUCUUCAACUUUGUUCCCGGUGUUCAUCGUGAAGAAAGCUUUGUUGUCCGUGGUCAGCUGCAGAUCUAACCUUUGUCGUGAGGCCAAUUGGGUUGUUUGGUAA